AUGGAUUCUUCUGUGAGUGAGGAAUCUGAAAAUAAAUAUUGUUUUAGCAAAAAUGGUAUAUCUAAUACCAGUUAUAAUACUCAAACAAACAUCACAAAUAGUAAAAAUAAUAUUAUUCAUAAGUUAUUCAAUAGAGAGAUUUCUGGUAGCACAUCAAAAAAAUCAAAUGAAAGACGUCGAAAAGUAUUCGAGAAAAUACCACCACGGUUGCGGUUUUGUCUCAUGGACAUAGUUCCUAUACGGUACUUAAGAAACCAUGUUUUCAUGGGGUUUUCGCAAUGUGGUCAGUUCCUCCUCAGUUUUACAUUUUGCGGUCCGACCAGAGAUUUUGGAGAGAGCCUUAAAUACAGAUUACAUUUUCUCUCAUGGGUGCCAGGUAGAGUAGUAAAACCAGUACACAGUGUACCAUUAUUUGGAGAUGACUUUGUGGACAGCAAAGUGACAAUAUCUAUAGCCCAAUGGAAACACAAUACUGGGGUGUUAGUUGUUUAUGGCAUUGCGAAACACGAUUCAUAUACAGAUAGGUCCCACCUCAGUGUAAUUGGAGUGCCUAAAUUAGGAUGUAGGAAAUGUUCUGCAAUGUCUAAUGAAGAUGACCUCAGGUGGGGACAGCGAUGCUUAGAACACAACUUUGCGAUACACACGAAAUUCUUCUGCACCUCAGAUAGUAAUAUGUAUGAGCCAGUAGUGCAACUAGCGUAUUCAAAUCAAAUUGUUAUAUACACAGAUUUUAUACACAUCCUUGAAAUUGAUUUUGUCAAACCUGAUCAGGACAAUGAACCUACAGAAGAGGUGCCGAUGGAUAAAGAUGAUGUGCCAGCCGCAGAAGUUCCUAUUUCAACUGAGUGUUCCGCACCGUUCCUAUCCCCCAAAUACCAGAAUAACGUGGUCCAGAACAUCAUAGCGGAUUUCACCGAUCUAGAAUUUGAGCCGCAUCAGAUCCCUCGCACUGUCCACUUGCCGGACAUGAUGGGUCAAGAAUUAUGCAUUCAAGCAUCCUCUAUAUCGCACAACCUAAUGGACGAAUGGGAGGGGCCGUCCUUAUCCAUCAGGACAUUGAUCAGUCCACCGCUCCGUUCCCCGAGGAGAAUGCCGGCAGAAAGCAUGUCCAGGUUUAACGAGUCGCACCGAGUUAUAGCUGAGAAGGCUUACGAAUUCGUCGAAGAAGCGGACACCAAAUGUGAGAAGCUUAGUAUAUUUAGGAAACGGCGGCUCGCUGACAAGAAGUAUGAGUUUUCAGAGGAUAACAACGAGAAUAUCGUACCGUUUAGGGUUUUAAGAAGCAACAGAAAGUAUUUCACAGGGUCCACUAGUAAAUCGCGGAGAGCGAAGUCCCCGUCGGUGGAGAGCGUGCUGAGAGCGCACAACCAGAUCAGUAGACCACCGUCUCCGACCACCAGCUCGGAUUUGAAGGCCCUAUCGAUAGAUGUGGACAGGAAUAGUGAAUCUGAGUAUAGGGUUAUGGAAAUGCUAGACGACGGGUCGCUGAAGACGGUGUCCGUUCACGACAACACCUCGAAGACCCUAUCAGACUGCCCUGUCAGUCCGCAAGAUCCAUAUUUGGUUCAUUCGGAGAAUUCCAAAUGUAGUAAAUUGUUCACCCGCUAUUUCGUAGAGAGUGAUGAUGAAAUUACCUCAAUCAUAACGGAUGCUGACGAUGAUUGCCUAUCGGGUUACCACGUGACGUUACCACUAGACGGCCAUGGGGCGAACUACACUCCCCUCCAAGUGAUCGGUUCGGGGACUUGGGAACGAUUACGUAGCGCUUCGCCCCCUGCCCUACCCCCGCUUACAUUAAGAGCACAGCAAAGGUCACUGGAUACCGAGCUUCUGUGCAACGAAGUGUGUGGGCGGCUUUGCAAGAUCAACGGCAAGAGGUUCAUCUACUGCUUUGAUUGGGGUUGCCAUGUCAUCGAUGUUUGCCAGUCGAGUGGAUGUCUCUCUGGGUUGUGCGCCAUGUGGCUAUGGGCGAGCGAUGUGGUCAAGAGUGGGGAGGGCGAGUCCUUGUGCUUGGCAUGUGAAGGUGCCGCCGGGGGCUGCGUGCAACAUCGACUACAAUACGCCGCUGAGUGUCUGUUCGUAUGGGACCUUGUGACUGGUGUGUACAGGACUGAAAAAGUUUCAAUGACGGAAGAUGACAGCCAAGAAGGCAGCAGAGUGUCGAGCGCAGAAAGAGCUCGAGAGUUGGCCAAAAAGCUUGGACCCAUCAAUCUUCCACCGCAUGACAUUCGGCUGCUCACCACGCUCUCGGGUAAGUCACUAAGGAAAGUGACCGAUAUGGACAACUGCAUAGAAAUCACCAAGAGCUACGAGGACAGCUCCGAUUUUGAAUCUUCAGACGAGGACAGCUCCGAUUUUGAAUCUUCAGACGAGGUCAUCUCCGACAGCGAAUAA